CUAAAUCAGCUAAAAUCGCUAAAAACACUAUAAAUCAGCUAUAAUUGCUAUAAUCUGUUAUAAUCUACCAAAACGCUAAUAUGGAUUUAGAUAGUAGAGCCUAUUCCAAGUUAAUUCAUGCACACAAUAGUGUUGGAGGCUCUGAAGAAUAUAUAAGAAUCAUUGUUGCUAUAGGCCCUUUAUCAGGAAGACAUGAUCAUGAAACACCAAAAAUGUGGUGUUCUCGUAUUCGUGAUCUAUUUAGGAAAAUACUAGAAGAGAACCCAAGAAUCCUUUCUAAAAAUGGAUAUAUUACAAAGUAUAGAAAGCUAUAUAAAGAUGAUAGGAUUCACGGUCUACCAACCAAUUAUAUAUAUUGUAGUGUAUGCGACUCCUUAGUUUACACACCUGCAAAUGGUCGUUUUGAUGAUCACUAUCGAGAUAACCACUUGAAGAGAUGUAUUAAUGGAAAUACUAUUUCAAGCAAACAUGCAAGAAGAAAAGAUAUUCUCCAAUCUAUUGAUAGUAGAGAAUUUAGAAUCUGGCAAUGUAAACAAGAAAUAUUACGAGAAGAGGCUAAAAUAAAUCGUCUUCACCUAGAGCUAUUUUCUCAAUCUACUCCACACUCAGAAAAGGAUAUGUUGACAUCGGUAUCAUGUGAUUUUGAUAGUCGUUCAAUUACCUAUAAAACUUAUAAGCAGGUUAAAAUGACUAUAGCAGAAAAUACUAUGCCAAGUGCUCCAAAUUUCGAGCCAGCUUAUAUACCACCUACCAGGCAAGAAAUGGUUUCACCAACUUCUUAUCAAUCAUCGAAUUGUAGAAGUGAUACAGGCAAAUUAUUUAUAUCGUCUCAGUAUGUAAAACAGCCAAAAGGCACUGUGUUGAGAUUGGGGGAUAGGUCAGAAAUCACGGUAGUUUAACUAACUGAUUCUAACUAUAUCUGUUUUGACUCCC